AUGUCAUCCGUCUAUCUCUUGCAAUGGAUUGUCAUAGCUGUGUUACUCGUAACCGUGCUUGUUCUGAUAAAGUAUCGAAAUUCAUCUGAUCGACAAUCGCCAAGCGUAGCUUGGACUUCAACAGAGGACAAAAUACACGCAGAAGAACAGAUUCAAAAUAAUAACGUCCUCCAAAAAGCCAACGAAAAGCUGGCGCGAGAGUUGAGAUAUCUAUGCCGCGAAGGAGGUCCCGUUUCGAGUAGUCGAGAACGCCUUCAAGCAUUAGAAGCAUGCCAGACCCAACUUCGAGCAACGGAACGUGUACUACAGGACACCCAAUCGAAGCUAAUUAUCCUUGAGCAUGGGAAAUCUGUACUCCAUGAACGCCAACGAGCAGAAGGAUCGCAUGGCAAGUAG